AUGUCCAAGGAGCUCAUACUAAUCACCGGUGGCUCCGGCCACAUCGGUUUCCGGACUGUCGUGAUAGCUCUCGAGAGCGGGUAUCGCGUCCGCCUAGCACUCCGCUCUCGGGCACGCUUCAACGCUAUCAGGUCUGCUCUCGCAAGACACCAUGCCCAACUCGAAGCAUCGCUGGCCCCAGGCCGACUGUCCUUUGUCAUUGUGCCGGACAUGACGGUGCCCGGGGCCUACGACGAUGCCGUGAAUGGAGUUUCCAAAGUGAUACACAUCGCAAGCAGUAUCACCACUGGUGGCAAGUUGACCGAGAAGGAAUAUCAUGACUUCUUCAUCAAACCAGCCACGAGAGGCACGAUGGGCAUGCUCGAGUCGGCCGCCAAAGCAGGCACUGUGAAACGUGUCGUCAUCACAGCCUCGGUCGUCGCUGUCGUCCCCUUCAAAGUCUUCGCCGUCACGGGUGGCGGCGAUCAAGUCUUUGACGCUGAGGGCCGAGUCUCGUUGGACAACGGACCAUACGGGAGCGAACUUCAGGCGUACUGCGCAUCCAAGGUCGCGACAUACAACGGCACUCUGGAGUGGCUGGGGAGAGCGAAACCUAGAUUCGACGUCGUACACUUGUGCCCGACGUAUGUCAUGGGCCGAGACGACCUGCAGACUUCGGCUGCGGAUAUGGUCACGGGCACGAACGCUUUACUGUUGAGUUUGGCACUGGGCAAACGAUGGGAGGGGCCGAAACCUGGAGCCACGGUCCACAACGACGACGUCGCGAAACUACAUGUACAGGCUCUGAGCCCGGACAUCCCAAGUGACACGUACAUGUUGAAUUGGCAACAGGAAGACGGCAGCGGCACUGGAGUGGAUUGGAGCUCCGUUCCUGGCCUGAUCGAGAAAUUGUUCCCGGAAGCGGCCAAAGCAGGGAAGAUCAAUCCCCAGGCGGCCAUGGGAUCUUCACUUCAUACAAAGAUAUCCAGCACCAAGACCGAAAAGACAUUCAAUUUGAAGUUUCGCGGUAUUGAGGAGCAAAUACGCAGCGUUGUUGGCCAAUAUAUUGAGCUACUGGAGAACAAUGAGGAGAAAUGA